GACAAAUUGACACACAGUUAAUAAGACCCUUGUGUUUUCUCUCUUUAGUCUUCUGGAAGGCCAAAAGUCCGCACGGCUACCCUCUGUUGACUGGUAUGCACGUCAUCUUUAUGAAAACCAGGGCAAGUGUUGAUCUUUCCGGUUUCUGCUAUGUUCUUGUGGUUGAUCAUUUGAGAGAAGGCCAAAUACCAACAACUGCGAAAAAUUGACACACACAGUUAAUAAGACCCUUGUGUUUUCUCUCUUUAGUCUUCUGGAAGGCCAAAAGUCCGCACGGCUACCCUCUGUUGUCUGGUAUGCACGUCAUCUUUAUGAAAACCAGGGCAAGUGUUGAUCUUUCCGGUUUCUGCUAUGUUGACGAAGAAUAAGCAAUUGAGCAUUAUCUGUCGUAUGCAUUUGGAUGGAAAAUGACCGAAUCACAACAGUCUUUUUUUUUUCUGAUUAUAUCUUUAACUUGAAGAAUACGAUUACCAUUAGGCAUUGAGCUCAAAGACCAAAGUAAUUCAAUGGGCGGUUUUGGUUUUCUGCUCAUCUGUACUAAUUUGCUCCUUCUGCUGCCCACAAUUUCCUUUGCAGUUGACAGCAUUGGUCCAUCGCAGUCUAUUCGUGAUGGCACGACCUUGGUUGCAAAAGGUGGAAGCUUUGAGCUUGGUUUCUUCAGUCCGGGUAGCUCCAAGAAUCGUUACUUGGGAAUUUGGUAUAAGAACAUCCCGGUCCAAACUGUUGUUUGGGUGGCAAACAGAUGCAACCCCAUUAAUGAUUCUUCCGGCAUGUUGAUGAUAAACGGAAAAGGGGAUCUUGUGCUGCUGGGUCAGAAUAAGAGUGUAGUUUGGUCAACGAGCUUAGUUGAACAGCCCAAAAGUGCAACGGUAGAGCUCUUAGAUUCCGGGAAUUUGGUACUAAGAGAUGCAGGGGCAGGAAUCUAUUUAUGGCAAAGCUUUGACUAUCCAUCUGAUACGUUGUUACCAGGAAUGAAGUUGGGAUGGGACUCGAGGACGGAUCUAAAUCGUAAUUUAUCAGCAUGGAAAAACUCAGAAGACCCAUGUCCGGGAGAUUUCAUUUGGAAAAACUCAGGACAGCUCGAAAUGGAACGUCAUAUAUACCCCGAGGCAUAUUUUCUUAAAGGCACUGUAAAAUACUAUCGUUCUGGCCCAUGGAAUGGCCUAAGAUUUAGUGGUGCACCAGAAUUAAUGCCUAAUCCACUUUAUAGUUUCAACUUUGUGUAUAAUGACGAUGAAGUGUAUUACAUGUACACCCUUCUAGAUAAGUCUGUAAUCUCAAGAUUGGUUAUGAACCAAACCACGAGUACGCGUGAUCGCUUGAGAUGGAUUGAAGCGGAAAAAACUUGGAGGGCAUAUUCAACGGUACCCAGGGACAUGUGUGAUCAUUAUGGCCUCUGUGGAGCCAACGGAAAUUGUCUCAUUGGUGAGAAUCCAGUCUGCCAAUGUCUAAAAGGAUUCAAGCCUAAGUCUCAAGAAAGAUGGAACUUGACGGACUGGUCUCUAGGAUGUGAGCACAAGAAGCCCCUGAGUUGCCAGGAAAAGCAUAAGGAUGGGUUUAUCAAAUUUUCCGGCUUGAAAUUGCCAGAAACUACACAUUCGUGGGUGAACAAAAGUAUAAAUCUGAAGGAAUGCAGAGCGAAAUGCUUGAACAACUGUUCCUGUAUGGCUUAUACAAGCUCGGAUAUAAGAGGAGGUACUGGCUGCGCCAUCUGGUAUGGUGAUCUAAUAGAUAUCAGGCAGUUUCCAGCUUCUGGACAGGAUCUAUAUGUUCGAAUGCCAGCUUCAGAGUUAGAAAAUGAUGAUAAAGCGAAGAAAGCAAUUAUAGUUGGAGUUCUCGCAGGAGUAGUGUUUGCUGGAAUGCUGUUACUUGGAUAUUAUUAUUACCUUCACCGAAGAAAGACAGAAUUAAAAGGGAAAACUGAAACAAGAGAAAGGGAUCGGAACAAUGAAGGGGAACCAGAGGGGGAACUGGAGCUUCCGGUCUUUGACCUGACCACAAUAGCGAGUGCCACCAAUAACUUUUCAAGUGAUAACAAGCUCGGAGAAGGUGGCUUUGGACCUGUUUACAAGGGGACGCUAGCAGAUGGACAGGAAAUUGCUGUGAAGAGGCUUUCGACAAGUUCUGGCCAAGGAUUGAGUGAGUUCAUGAAUGAAGUCGUACUGAUUGCCAAGCUCCAGCACCGAAAUCUUGUAAAGCUUCUUGGAUGCUGUGUUCAAGGAGAAGAGAAAAUGCUGAUUUAUGAAUACAUGCCCAACAGAGGCCUUGAUUCCUUUAUUUUUGAUAAAACCAGAGAAGAACAAGUCCUAGAUUGGCCUACACGCUUCAACAUUAUAUGCGGAAUUGCUCGCGGUCUGCUCUACCUCCAUCAAGAUUCCAGGCUAAGGAUUAUUCAUAGAGAUCUCAAAGCAAGUAACGUUUUACUUGAUAGUGAAAUGAAUCCAAAAAUUUCAGACUUUGGCUUGGCUAAAACCUUGGUUGGAGGAGAUCAGGCUGGUGGAAAUACAAAGAAAGUUGUUGGAACAUACGGUUACAUGGCACCUGAAUAUGCGGUCGAUGGACUAUUUUCUGUGAAAUCGGAUGUCUUUAGCUUUGGUAUAUUGAUGCUAGAGAUCAUUAGCGGAAGGAAAAACAAGGGAUUCUACAAUAAAAACAGCCAGAACCUUAUUGGGCAUGCAUGGCAAUUAUGGAACGAAGGCAGGCCUCUGGAAGUGAUUGAUACAGGUUUAGGAAAUUCGUGUUCUCUAUCGGAAGUGUUACGUUGCAUCCAUGUUAGUCUCUUAUGUGUUCAACAUGAACCUGAGGAUAGGCCAAGCAUGGCAUCUGUAGUUAUAAUGUUGGGAAGUGCUGGUGCAUUGGCUCAGCCUAAACAACCUGGUUUCUUUAUCGAAAAGAAAGCAUAUGAAGCAGGUCUGUCUUCAGAUAAUCAAACAUCUUCUACCAACGAAUUAUCAAUCACGCUUUUGGAGGCUCGUUAAAGAUUGUUUUAUUCGUUGUAAAAUUGGUUCAUACUGCUUAUUUAGCUAUUCACCUCAGACUACAUCUAUAUAUAUGCUUUGCUAUCAACUACCGUUCAAAAUAAGCUUUGUCUACAAAGCAGCACAGGUAUGUGAAAAUAUAAAUAUAUGUAGUAGCUAAUAGGCUCCAUAAAGUCUUUUUUUUUCUUAGAUUACUAUCUCUCGUCGAUUCUUGUUGGAAGGCGAUCCAGUGAUUUAAUUCCAUUCAGGGAAUCUGGACUGUCAUCUUUCAUGAGGAAAUGAAAUGAACUAGCUAGAAAUCAAGUUUGAUAUUUAAUUACAAGAAGUUUUACGUUGUGA